AUGGUACAAGGCCUUUCGUCAAGCCCUAUUUGCGGGCGAUGCCUGCUGCAGGCACGUCGUCAGCUAUCAAGAACCCGGAAAUACUCUCAAAUACGCCACAAUCACUCCAACCCUCCGGCACCACCUCCCUCCGGCUAUUCGAACCUAAACAAUCGGUCUCUCAUUUCCCUCUCCGGAGUCGAUAGUACGGGUUUCCUUCAGGGCUUGAUAACACGAAACCUCUCGGUUCCGAAGAACUCUCCUCCGGUUACCUCUCCAUUCUACGCAGCCUUCCUUAACUCCCAAGGAAGAAUCCUAAACGAUGUGUUCAUAUACCCGUUUCAAACUGCCAAUUCCGCUGCAGGUGAAAUGGAGUAUCUAAUUGAAGUGGAUAAGGAGACCUCUGGAAGUUUGCUUAAACAUUUUAAGAGACACAAGCUUCGUUCAAAGCUGAAGUUUCGGGCACUUGAUGAGGGAGAGCGAAGCGUUUGGUCGCUUUGGGACGAUGGAAACACCUGGCACGAGAAUGAGGCCUUUAAAGAAAACAAUAUAAUUGCAUGCCCUGAUGGCCGAGCACCGGGUAUGGGAUACAGAGUCAUUGCCAGUGGGGAUAAACUACCCUCGCGAUUCAUAGAAGCCUUUCCCGGCGACGAAACUUCGAUCCAGGCAUACACGCUACGCCGAAUACUGCAAGGUGUUGGAGAGGGGCAGGCUGAAAUGGCUCGAGAAUCUGCCUUACCCAUGGACAGCAAUAUAGAUAUCAUGAAUGGCAUUGACUUCCGAAAGGGCUGCUAUGUUGGUCAAGAAUUAACCAUUCGUACCCACCAUAGGGGUGUAGUACGCAAGAGAAUUCUACCAGUCCAGCUUUAUGAUUCUACGCUAGAACCACCCACUUCAGAUACUCCAGUUUACAAUCCGGACACCAAUAUAACUCUACCGCCUUUCGGGAUUGAAGCGAAUAUUUCGAAAGUCGGUGCCAGUAAGGGCAGAAGUGCAGGCAAGUUCCUUAAUGGUAUCGGAAAUGUUGGGCUGGCUGUUUGUCGACUAGAGAUUAUGACGGACAUUACCUUAACUGGUGAAUCAACUCAGUAUGACCCGAGCCAGGAGUUCAAAAUAACUUGGGAUUCAUCUGAAGUGGGCAGCGUGCAGAAUGCGGACCAACCCAAGGUAAAGGCCUUCGUUCCCUCAUGGAUCAAAGAAUACAUUAUUAGCGGCGGUGCGCGACAUCAUCAACCGAAGGCAUAA